GGGUGGGGUUGUGAUGUAACCCGUGAGGAAGGCGGUUGGGUGGGGGCUCGUCUCCCCCCCCUUAGAGCGCAGCAUGAUUGCUCCCGAGCAAAAAGGAUGUGUGAGCAGGCAGCGCGCUACUGUAGGGACGGAGUCCACAAACUGCUAAACAAAGAACAAGCCAAACUUCGAGCUCAAGAAAGCCGCGAACAGCCCAAGCCCGUAACCAGUCAGGACAGCGAGCCCGACACGGCAGCGCAGUCCGGAAACAGCGGCGCCCAGCCCGGUGGAAUUGACGGGCUCGUCCGCUGGAUCGUCACCAAAAUGAGCGACAACAAGAACAUCUCCAGCCGGGAGUACGCCUCUAGUAAGGAGGAGGUGGCCGUGGCCCAGGAGCAGUUCUUCGCCCCGGAACCGCGGAGAGGCAUCUCCGUCAUCCUGGAUAUCUUCAGAAGAGCCGACAAAGAUGAUGAUGGAAAGCUCUCUCUGGAUGAGUUCCAGGCGUUCUUCUCCGAUGGCACACUGAACGAGGAGGAGCUGGAGAAGCUGUUUCACACCAUUGACUCUGAUAACACCAGUAAUGUUGACACUAAGGAACUCUGUGACUACUUUGCCAAGCACAUGGGGGACUAUGAAGGAGUUCUUGCCUCACUGGAGACGCUCAACCUUUCCAUCCUCAAAGCCAUGGACUUCACCAAGAAGGUUUAUGAGAGAGGAACAAACGUGGAACAGUUUGUUACUCGUUUCCUACUGAAGGAGUCCGCCAAUCAAAUCCAGUCUCUUUUGAACUCUGUGGAGAGUGCAGUGGACGCUAUUGACGAGCAGCACAGCCAGUCGGGCCAUAUUCCUGCCAAAACGAGUCCUCGGAUUUCAGAGAAGCGCCAUGACAACGUUGUCCCUGAUUAUCCGCCAAACAACAGAAUCAGUGCCAGGGAGGCUGUCAGGACCAUCAACACCGCCUCAGGUGCUGUGGAGGUUAGGAAAGAGGGACUUGAUGCUCAAAUAAAUCGUCUGGCUGAACUCAUCGGACGACUGGAGAAUAAAACAGUCUGGUUCGAUCUACAUCAGAGGCUAACAGACACAGAUGGCACCACCAGCGCAUCGUUAUUGCUGAUCCGUCAGGAGAUGGUUGUUUCCCAAAAGAAGCUUGGCGAGUUUUGUGAGGCUCUGAAGCAAUACCUGAAGAAUGUUUCCACCCAGAGGGACUGCUUUCAUGUGACUGCGGUGCGUCUGCCAGAUGGUCUGUCCUUUGUGGUGUAUGAGUUCUGGGAUGGAGAGGAGGAGUGGAAAAAGCACCUCCAAUCAGGCCCCAACAAAGCCUUUCAGCAUGUGAAAGUGGACACGCUGUGCCAGCCAGAGGCCAUUUCCUCAGUAGCCGUGCCAGCCGCAUGGUGCAGUGUGAACAAGGCCUGAGCAUGAACCAUACCCGACGAUGAUACACCGAGACUCUUGGACACCACGCCCUCCACCUUUCCGUUGCAUUUCCUCCUCUCUUUGACUUCCCUCAUGUCCCUCAAAAACGUCUUGAAGUACAUGUUUACACAGUGCAAAUGAAUGGCGUCAACUGCAGUGACUAUUGAACAAAGUGCAUUUUACAAUGUGAAAAGAAGUACAUUUGCAUCCAACCAUUGUAGUUCGCUGGUCAAUAUUUAUAAUUAUUAGGCUAUUAUAUGAGUUAUGUUCUAGCCAGUUGGAGUUUGUCAUGUAGCAUGGACCCCUAGGUGGAGCUUUUCAUGUAGCAGGUACCUAAACUACUUUGGAAGGUCCCGUUUUGGAAAUGCAGCAUUUUUUUUUUUUUAAUCUGUGACACAAAGCUCAUCCAUGUAGCUUUACUUCCAUAGAAUCCGCCCCUUCCGUAUCUGGCCUUGUACACAGAAACAUUCUGGAAUUGUCGCAAUUUUUUUGUUUUUUUGUAGCCGACCAUAAACAUUGUCAUCCAUUAUCCUCCUGCGCAUGUGGUAGGAGUGUGAAUGGUUGUUUGUAUUACAUAUAUAUAUACAGUAUACCUUGUGAUUGGCUGGUGACCAUUCCAGGGUGUACCCCACAUCUCGGCCAAAGUCAGCUGGAAUAGUCUCCUGCUUACUUACUUACGUAUGUCCCAGAACAAAAUAAGCAGUAAAAAUGACGGAAUGCUUGAAUGUUCAAUGAAUGAGAUCACACACAGUUUUACAUUUGAUGAACUGCAACUUCCUUUUCCGAAUGAGAACAGGCGGUAUUCCUGAAAUGUUUACAAAUAAUGUUGAUCGGGAAAAAAUCAUGAGAAGUAGAUAUUUUUCACUUUUGCUAAGAUUACUAAGUUGGUUUUGCAGAACAAAUAAUGACCCAAGAGUUGGCUCCUAAGAGAGAUUAAAGUCCAUGUUGUAUUUUGGCUGUUCACACCAAUGGGAAACCUGCCAUCUGAUCUAAAUUAAGAGGAAAAAAACCCUGUGUGGUAUUCACCAAAAUAUGAACCAAUUCAACACUUGGCACGUUUACAUGCUGAAAUGGGCAAAUGUUGGCAAGAUGUUUCCUUAGGGUUGGGGGUUUUUUAGAGAGCAGGCACUAGCACCACCUACAGUAUUGACACAGGACUGCACGCUACAGGAUGCUUUUUUCUUGUUUGCACUGUACUUCUGUUUGCACUACGGCUACUAUACUAAAUAAUGCAAAUCUGUUGGCAUGCCUUCCACUUUCACACAAGACACCUGGGACCUCUAGUCUCCUUGACUGAGGAUAAGUGGUAUAGAGUGGAACAAGCUAGUAGCUAGUGGCUAGUAGCGAGUGGCUAGUAGUUAGUGGCCAGUAGCGAGUGGCUAGUAGCAAGUGGCUAGUAGCGAGUGGCUAGUAGUGAGUGGCUAGUAGCGAGUAGCGAGCGGCUAGUAGCGAGUGGCUAGUAGCGAGUGGCUAGUUGCUAGUAGCUAGUGGCUAGUAGCGAGUGGCUAGUAGCGAGUAGCUAGUGGCUAGUAGCGAGUGGCUAGUGGUGAGUGGCUAGUAGCGAGUGGCUAGUAGUGAGUGGCUAGUAGCGAGUGGCUAGUUGCUAGUAGCUAGCGGCUAGUAGUGAGUGGCUAGUAGCGAGUGGCUAGUAGUUAGUGGCUAGUAGCUAGUGGCCAGUAGCGAGUGGCUAGUUGAUAGUGGCUAGUAGCCAGUGGCUAGUAGCAAGUGGCUAAUAGCUAGUGGCUAGUUGCUAGUAGCGAGUGGCUAGUAGCGAGUGGCUAGUGGCUAGUAGCGAGUGGCUAUUGGCUAGUAGUGAGUGGCUAGUUUCUAGUAGAGAGUGGCUAGCGGCUAGUAGCUAGUAGAAGCAACCUUGAAAAUUGGCUACAUCUCUGUAUGUACAGUUAAAUAUGUUAUUUUGGUGAACUUACAAAUCGACUCGAGUCAAAGAAUGAAAUAAUCAUUUUGCUCCGCUGUGUCCCUCUAAAAUGUUGAGUAUUUGUGAGGAAACAUACAUUGGUGAAUACUACAUAGUUUUUUUAAAAGAUGUAUUUAACAGUCCAUUCCUAUGGUCUUUGGGUGUUUUCAAUACUAAGAACAGCAAACGCUGUUUUAAUCGUCACCGGACUAAUGUUAUCGUCACGUUGCUAUAAAUACACCAAUUAAGAUCUAUUAUAAUUACGAUGGAGGAUGAUUUAAAUGUCUUCAGAGAGAUAUAACCCAGGACCAGUGACAAACCAACACAUCAGCAUUAAUACUUUGUAUUCAAACUGACUUUCUAUAAGCAGUACUUUUUACUUCUUUCAUGAAUCAGUUGACUUUAUGAUGAGGGUAUUUGAUAUGUGACAUGGGUAGCCAUAUUUAGACUUUUGGAGUACCAAGGGUAUACAUAACAUGUACUUUGUUUUUGCACUUUUCGUGUAAUACUUAUACAGAGUGUCUCUUUACAAGUCAACACAUUUAUAGUCAGGAUUUGUUUUUCAACUGAUAACUAUAUCUAUUAUUAGUUAAAUAUUUAGAUUUAACUGUGGUUUGUUGACAAACUGUACAUGUAGAUUUGUCCUUACCAAAUAUCUUCAAUAAUGGUGAAGUGCUGGUCAUCCAAGUCCAUCAUUUCCAUGAUGACAUCACAGAUUGCUUAGAAUUAGACUUUUGAAUCAUUUCUGGCAAACUUAUUUUUGCUUAUUUUUUUUCCAAAUAGCAUGGCGAUAGGAACAAGCCCCGGGGCAUUGUAGCGAUGCUGCCGUUUCAGGUGGCUGAUAAGGUUUGAUGGGUUAAAGCUUGAUGUUUUCUUGUUAGUAGAGCAUUUGGUGAACAUCCUGUUUGUUUACUAGUGAGUUCAGGGGAAAUCACGACAGGACGUUUUGCAGCACAGGACGGGUAAUCUUUUUUUUAUUAUUGGUUAUCAGAGUGUCUAAUUUAUCCAUAUAAUAUCAUAAUUUCUCAUAUACUCAUUGUCGUGCUCCCCUAAUGAAUAGUCAAAUCUGUGGAAAUGAUUACUAAAUGAGGCGUGCCCAUAUCUAUAUGGGCGGUAGUUGAUUUCUUGUCAAGUUGGUUUUAGCAUUUAGCAAUGGUUGCUUCGGUGUGAACUUGAAAAUGAAUAAAGUAUCUAUAUAUCGAUGUCGCUUUGUUCGAUACGUGAUAUCGUUAACAUAACUCCAAAGAAAGAAGUCCACAUAGAUGAUGAACAAGGUGGCCAGGGAAUCGAGAUGCCCAAUAACACAGAAUUGAUCACCAUUGAGUACAUAGAACUAAGCCGAUUAGCAUACCCUGUAUUAGCGUGUACUUGUAGCAGUGAUUGUGUACAGUCUAUGGAAAUGUUAUGAUACCAAUCUACCUAAUCUGUGCCGCAUUCUUCUCAUAAAACUUUGCUUCAUCGCAGUACAAAACUCCAGGCGCAUCCAAAUCUCGAUGAUAUUUAAUAUCAACGCCUUAACAAUUGCAUUGUCGUUUUUAUUUUGAUAUUACGAUUCCCAGAUGAUUCCCAUUCAAACACUGCGAUUUCAUUCCAUCACACAAACGACAAUUCCACACAAACAGUGAUUUUACGGCCGUUUAGCAACUUGAAUAUACAACAAUACGCUUAAAACCUAGGGGAGCAGAGCGAGCGGACAACAGGAAGUGACAAAUUUCUAGUAAUUUUUUCAUUCAAACCUGCAAUAAAAACGAUCAAGUCUGGUGCUUGUGUGUCUCACCCAACGUUACAGUAACAUUACUGACACCAAGUGACUUGUGUAGAAUACUACAUUUACUACAUUUUUGAAUGCGCCUUUUGAAUGCCUUGUGUUUGUAUUUUAUACAAAUACUCAAUCUAGGCAAAAUAUGUUUUGAUUAAUGUUUUGAUUAAUUUCUGAUUAAUAAUACGCCGUAUUCAACCACAAAACAGCAGUGAUUUAUUAAUACAUUUAUUAAAAACGGUGAUAGAAGCUGCGAAAUUGGAACAGAAAAAUGGUCGGGAUGACCAAAAGCUACCACCUUAACCUUUUUGUCUAUGAACGGUGCUAGCUUGUUUGGGCCCAUUUUUAUUUUGAUAUCAUGAUUCCCAGAUGAUUCCCACCCAAACACUGAGAUUUCAUUCCAUCACACAAACGACAAUUCCACACAAACAUUGAUUUUACGGCCGUUUAGCAACUUGAAUAUACAACAAUACGCUUAAAACCUAGGGGAGCAAAGCGAGCGGCGAACAGGAAGUGACAAAUUUCUAGUAAUUUUUUCAUUCAAACCUGCAAUAAAAAUGAUCAAGUCUGGUGCUUGUGUGUCUCACCCAAUGUUACAGUAACAUUACUGACGCCAAGUGAUUAGUGUAGAAUACUACAUCAACGUCUUUUGAAUGCCUUGUGUUUGUAUUUUAUACAAAUACUCAAUCUAGGUAAAAAUAUGUCCAAAUUAACGUAAACAUGCGUAGGUUUUGAUUAAUAAUACGCCGUAUUCAACCACAAAGUACCCAAGUACCGUACUUCCGUAUGAGGUACAUUAUUUAAAAAAAAAACCUUAAACUGAAUUAUGGAAAGCAGGAAGUGAACAAAUGUAACAGUUACUUGUUAUUGUAAAAGUACCAGAUGGAGGGGUAGGAUUUAAUAAGCUUUGCUUCUUCCUACUCCUUUUGGACAUGUGGAACUGUGAACUGAUUAUGUGAUGCAUUCAAUUGUAAUCUGAUGCAUGUUCAAAUGAAACCAUUACCAUUACCAAAACAGCAGUGAUUUAUUAAUAUAUUGAUUAAAAACCGCGAUAGAAGCUGCGAAAUUAGAACAGAAAAAUGGUCGGGAUGACCAAAAUCUACCACCUUAACCUUUUUUGUCUAUGAACGGUGCUAGCUUGUUUGAGCCCACUUAGCUGGAUGGACUGUGUGUUGUGUUACUGCAUAAAUAUACGGAACUUAAAUAUUUUUCUGUGCCAAUAGAAUGUAUGUCAAAUGAAAGUCACGUUUAAAAACCUGCUGUGUCAGGAACGGAUCAAUGUUUACACAUCAUGAAACAUUACGUAGUGUUGGACAAUACUAGAGUACCCAAAUCAAUGCAGGCCACUCGAGUUGAUGUUCGAUGAACUGUCAGAACGCCAAUACCGUUUUCUGUUGUUCCAUUCCGCAACAUCGCUCACAGUGCAACUCGGGUUUUGGUCCUACAACUACAUAGCUUUGAAUGGCGGUGACGUACAGUACAUCCAUUUUAGUGCCGAGAGAAAAGUCACAGGGUUUACCUCAACAAGUGCUCCUACACGAGUCCAGGUUCCAAGUCAGGAAAUUGCCAAAUGUUACCCCCCUCUGUCAAGGCCACAAUUCUUUCCCCUCUUUGACUGCGUUCUUUUUUAAACUUCAACUGAGUGCAUGUCAACUGAAUGUCUAGUAACUUCUUUGCUGUAGUAUUAGGCCAUGCUACUCCUUUAUUUGUUUGGUGCAUUUUUUUUAACAUGGUUUUCCUUUUGUUUUCUAUAGUAGUCCUAUGAAGGAGACAAGAGACUCAAAUAUAUUAUAUACAUGUCUAAGAAAUGUGGCAUACCAGUAUGAAUAUUCAAUUUUAUGAGAUUGUUUAAUUCUUAAUGUAUGUUUCUGUAAAACAGAUCUAGUAGAGAUAUUGAAGGGAUGCAAGUAUUAUAUUUGUCGACAUUCAAGAUAAUGUAGAGUGAUGCAAAUUCA